AUGACAGAGUUUAAGAGCAUUCAGGACUCCAGCAGCAGCUCACAGAACAAUCUUUACUGUGUACUAAAUGAGGACAUUAACAAGAAACCAUCACACACAUGGAAAGGUCGCUUUUGGAAUAAACAGUUUUGCUUUCUUCUGAUGUGUGGCGCUGUCAUACUCUUCAUGGCUCUGUUAAUCACAGUAUCUGUAAAAUUGCAGCACCAAUACAGUAAACUGACUGAGGUAGAGAAUGAAGUGGCCAAUCUGACAUCUUCUUUAGCAUUGCUUUCUUCAAACCAACAAGACUUGAUGCAACACCAAUACAGUAAAGUGACUGCGGUAGAGAAUGAAGUGGUCAUUCUGACAUCUUCUUUAGCUUUGCUUUCUUCAAACCAACAAGAUAUAUAUGACAGAUUUAUGGAGAUGGUCGCUGAACUGAAAGCUGAUCUGAAUAGCAGAAUAACAAAUUUGACUCAGCAUAAACCUGUUCUGAGCUGUAAAACUGGGUGGCAGUCUUUUCUUUCCAACUGCUAUGAAUUUUCCAGUAAUAAAGUGAGCUGGCAAACGGCACGUUUAUACUGCAGUGGACAGGGCACCCUGCUGCUCAUCCUGGGGAAUGACUCCAGGGAGUGGGAUUUUAUUGUGCAACGCACUGUUCUUUCAUCUGAAUCCUACUGGAUUGGUCUUACAGAUGCGAUAACUGGACGUUGGAGAUGGGUUGAUGGAACACCCUACACCAUGAACAGCAGGCAUUGGGAACCAGGAGAACCAAAUAAUUGGUUGGGUGAAGAGGAUUGUGGAGAACUAACUGCAUCUGGGAAACUGAAUGAUGGCCACUGCUCAAAGAAUUUCAGAUUCAUCUGUAAAGCACCAGCCAGUGAAAACUAACCAAUUAAUGUGGCUCUGUUGUAAUGCCAUUCAAACAGUAGGCCUGCCUACUGAUAUUCUGAGAAAUAUGCAGAAGUGGAAGAUUUUUAAUUAUAUAUAGUAUAUAACAUUGCAUGUACAAGUUGUAAGUCAAAGCUGAAAAUAAGUGAGCAAAAGGGGAAAAAAGCCUUUUGGUGUUGCUCAUAGUGACAUUAAAGACACAAUGUUUGAACCUGCUAUACUGCAGCAGGACUAUGGCAUGUUCACGCAGGAGAGCAGGAGCCCUGGGCAUUUUUCUUUUAGUGUUUUUCAGAGUCAGUAGAAAGGUCUCUUUACUGUUAUUUUAUGACUGUGACCUUAAUUGCCUACUGCCUGUUCGUGUUCCAAAGGUACAUGUGCAAUAAGUGUUAUGGUUCAUUGAACAAGCAUGAAAAAUUGUUUAACCCUUUCCAAUAAAGAUUUGUAAAAACUAAUUUGGAUACAUUAAAA